AUGGAGUAUCCUAAGAAUGUCGGUAUCAAGGCGCUGGAAAUAUACGUUCCCGGCCAGACGCUCGACCAAGCUCAGUUCGAAGCGCACGAAGGGGUCUCAGCGGGGAAAUACACCAUCGGUCUGGGACUGAAGUCCAUGAACUUUUGUACUGAUCGGGAAGAUGUGUGUUCGCUUGCUCUGACCGCGGUCUCGUCGCUCCUCCGCAAGUAUUCGAUCGACCCGCAGUCCAUCGGAAGACUGGAAGUCGGCACCGAAUCUCCCUUUGAUAAGGCAAAAUCUGUGAAAACAGUCCUGACCCAACUUUUCCCUGGUAACCACAGCCUGGAGGGUGCCGACACCGUCAAUGCCUGCUACGGAGGCACAAAUGCGCUUCUCAACGCGAUAAACUGGGUGGAGUCUCGUUCGUGGGACGGGAGGGAGGCCAUUGUUGUUGCAUCGGACAUUGCACUGUAUGCACCGGGACCCGCCAGGCCUACAGGAGGUGCAGGAUGCGUAGCGAUGCUCGUAGGACCUGAUGCUCCCAUAGUGUCCGUUCCGGGUUUGCGAGGGACAUAUAUGACGCACUCCUACGACUUCUACAAGCCAGAUUUUAAUUCUGAAUACCCGACCCUGGAUGGCCACCUGUCUGUUGCUUGUUACCUCUCUGCCCUUGACGGUUGCUACUCGGACCUACGGAAAAAUGCUGCACGCAUUGCCAACCAACCAGACAGAUUUCCGGAGGCCCACGACGUUCUCAGUCGGGACCGCAGCACAUUCGUCGAGAUAUUUGAUUCCAUGGCCUUCCACACCCCAAACUGCAAGCUGGUGAGCAAGUCGUACGGUCGUCUGCUCUACAAUGAUUUUCUCGAGUCCAAAUCUCAUCCGACAUUCGCUUCGGUUCCGCAGGAGUUUCACACUAUGUCGCGCGAGGAAUCCCUGCGCUCCAAGGAACUCGAGAAAUUCUUUGUACAAUUGAGCAAGACUCAGUUCACGAGUCGUAUCGAGCCGUGUAUCAUCGCACCGAGCCGAUGUGGAAACAUGUACACAGCCAGCUUGUACUGCUCUCUUCUCAGUGUGAUCAGCAAUGUUGGCUCCGACCGUCUUCAGGGCAAAACCAUUGGCAUGUUUAGCUAUGGCAGCGGUAUUUCCAGCACAUUGUUCACGUUGCGUGUUGUCGGCGACGUUACGGAGAUCAUCAAGCAGGUGAACCUCAUGGCACGGCUCGAUGAACGCCAUGUCGCUUCACCUGCUGAGUACGAGGAGGCAUACAAGCUAAGGGCAGAAGCAUACGGCAAGAAAAAUUUCACACCCCGCGGAGAUGUCGCCCGUAUUGGUGAUGGAGUGUACUACCUGGAACAUGUCGAUGAACAGUACAGGCGCACUUACAAGAUCAAGGGAGCGGAAACCAAUGGGAUCCAUUAG